AAGGCGCUCGUCGACGGAACUUCGAGCGACGAGACAACUGGAAGGAAGCGUCAGCGAGCAAUUCGAACCGGAGCGUUUGAAUGUGGCGAAAUUCGAACUCGGAUUUUGAAUGGGCCUGAGCGAGGGGCGACGGCUGUGCUGCUGAUGGGACCGGCAUCGAGGCCGUGAGUGCAGCUUGCGCAUGGCAAUUUCGCUGCGGGCGUCGUCGACAGGAUUGGGAUUUUGCUCGAUGCUCGAGGGGAGGAAGUGCUCGGGGCGAGCUCAGCAGGGUGGAGAUGGAUUGUCAGAGCAGACGUAGAAGGAUCAGGACUACGAAGUGCAUUGCAUUGCGUGCGGGAUGGUGAUGUGAAAGAUGAUGGACGACGACGAUGACUGGGACUUGAGCCCGGAGGAGCUCGAUGCUCUGGAAAGAAAUGCUGCCACCCAGCUCGCUGCACAAAAGCGGGUCACGUCUCUCGCUGCCCCUGCUGCGCAGGCCUUCUCCACUUCCUCCUCCUCUGUUACAUCGGAGUCUCCGAAAAACAUUCAGCAGGUCCAUGCAGACCCCCAAAUUGAUUGCCCGACCAAACGACAAGAGUUGGGGUCUAGCUGGAUCUACACCUCUCCCUCAAAGGGUGCAGGCAGGUUACUGAAUAUCAAAGUAUUUCAGGAUCAGGGAGGAAGAAUAGCAUGUGAAGCCCCUUACAAUUCGCAUCUUGUGGCAGCACUGAAGACUGUUCCGGGUCGCAAUUGGGACGUGAAUCGGAAGGUUUGGACUUAUCCCGAAGCUGGGCUUGGCGAUGUUGUGAAAGCAAUCACGUCACUUUCCCACCUGAAACUUGCAGUCGAGGUCGCUCCUCCACUGGCUGUAAACGUCGCGGUUUUGAAUUCGUCUGCAUCAGCAUGUACCAGUUUAAAUGAAGAUGAUGCCGAAGUGUGGUGUACUCCUCCUCAAUCUAUCCCUUCGAUACAGGAACCUGAAACGAGAGAUGUUCAUAAUUUAUCACCCAGUGUUUCUCAGUCUCGUUUGUCUCAACCUCAAUCUCAUGUUGGUCUGAAGCAUGCUCCGAAGAAGGCAUGUUAUGUUAAACUUUUCCUCCAUAGUUGUGGGAGGAUUGCUGCCAAGUGCGACUAUGAUACGCAAGUAGUAGCAGCGUUGAAAAGAAUACCGAGGGUAGACUACCUCAUGAAAGAACGGCUGUGGAUGUUCCCCUUUACAAAUCUGUCCGAAGCGGAAGAAAUAUUAAGAUCUUCGACAGAUCGUGUUGUUACUGUAGAACCGUUGGAGCCUAUUGUGAAACGUGCACUGGAAGCUACUGCGGCUCUUCCUGAUCUGCAAGAUAGAUAUCGGCUUGUUGAUGAGAAGUUGAAGAAGACCUUAAUGGAGUUUCAAGUUGAGGGAGUGAGAUUUGCGUUGCAGCAUGGAGGUCGAGCACUCAUUGCUGACGAAAUGGGUCUCGGUAAAACUUUGCAGGCGCUGGCGGUGGUUUCAUGCUUGGAAGAAGAUUGGCCCGUUUUGAUUGUAGUACCUUCAUCUCUUCGUGUGCAUUGGGCAAAUAUGCUGGUGACCUGGUUGAACGUAUCUCCCAGUGACAUAACGAUUGUUAUGUCACAAGGCAGCAGUCGUGGCGGCUACAACAUUGUGCGCACCACUGGCAAACAAAAACUCCUCAUCAAUGGACUUUUUAACAUUGUGUCUUACGACGCUCUUAGCAAGCUGGAGGAUAUAAUAAUGAGAACUGGAUUUAAAAUCGUAAUUGCGGAUGAAUCUCAUUAUUUGAAAAAUCCUCAAGCGAAAAGAACGAAUGUCUGUGUUCCUGUGUUGCAGAAAGCAAAGUAUGCUCUUUUACUUACAGGUACACCUGCCCUAUCAAGACCUAUCGAACUCUUCAAGCAGCUCCAAGCUCUGCAACCUUCUGUGUAUCAGAAGAUCAACGAGUACGGUGCUCGUUAUUGUAUGGGAGGUUUUUUUGGUGUCUGGCAAGGGUCUUCAAAUCAUGAGGAACUUCAUGCCUUGGUCAAAUCAACAGUGAUGAUUCGGCGGCUGAAGUUGGAUGUACUCAAACAGCUUCCUAAGAAACGUCGUGAGCAGAUAUUUAUGACGCUUGAUGAGAAGGCUAUGAAACAGAUUCGUGCUCUUCUGAAUGAGCUAGACAGCAUCAAGAGACAAGUUCAGAUUGCACUUCAACUGGGGAAGAAAGAAGAGGUUGGCGAAAUGAAGAUAGCCGAAAGGUCACUUAUCUCAAAGAUAUACACUGAGACAGCUGAAGUCAAAAUACCAGCAGUUCAAGAAUUCCUCGAGACAAUGCUUGAGGGAGGCUGUAAAUUUCUCGUGUUCGCUCACCAUCAAGUUAUGAUGGAUGCAAUUCAAGAGUUCUUGCAGAAAAAAAAAGUAAAGUUUAUUCGAAUUGAUGGGAAGACACACCCAGCGUCGAGACAAGACCUUGUGAAAACCUUCCAAGAGAAAGAGGAUGUCAAAGUAGCUGUGCUUGGAAUUCGUGCUGCCGGCGUGGGUCUUACUUUAACGGCGGCAAGCACUGUCAUAUUUGCCGAAAUGUCAUGGACACCAGGUGAUCUAGUCCAGGCUGAAGAUCGGGCUCAUCGUAUUGGACAAGAAUCGGCUGUCAACAUCUACUAUCUUCAUGCGCAUGAUACCAUAGACGAUUUUAUAUGGGAUGCUGUUCAGCACAAGCUGGAGAAUCUCGGUCAGGUUCUGGACGGGCAGGAGGAUAACACGAUGCAAUUUGUGUCCAAUUCAAAAGAGGUUGAGAGUGGAUCACAAACCCAAGAACAGUCCACUCUGCAUGACUAUAUGAAACCCUGUACCAAGUAUUCAGCAACGGACCGAGACAGCACCAUUACCCCGGCUUCAAAUCAGUCAUCGACAACGCCGAUGACUGGCUCAAACGAAACAACGAAUAGACUAGAUAGUUGUUCUUCCAAACGUAAGCGAGAAUAUGAACAAGCAGCAGAGGUCAUCAUAGAUUUGGUUGAUUCACCUGAGAGAUUUCAACCACAUUUGGCACUCGAGAAUGUUCACGAGGUGGAUGGAAAAUUCGGCCUUAACUAAAUUGCAGAAGGGCGGACAAGGUUCUGCCAUCCAUCACAGCAGAAGAGGAAGUAGAGGUUAUCUCAAGAAUCUUUCAAAGCUGGCCAACUUUGGUCUGUACGGACGGUUUUCUGAGGUUUAAUAUACGAAGGGUCCAUCGUUGGUAUUGAGGUGUGCUGCCGUAGUCACCGACUUGGAUUUCAGA